AAGAUGUAAAGAGGUCAAUAAAGUAUAAAAAGGUUGGUGAAACCCAAAAAAGGUUACACCGUCAGCGAGGCUUGAUUGUCCUAACAGGUACAGCUACCACACACAACUCCCACAACGUGUUGCAGUAGUAUUUCAGUUAAAUCAUGGACCUCGUUCUUUGCAUAAAACUGUCGCUAUAGCACUUGAAAUAGACUCUGGACCAUUCAUCAAGUGUUUCAAUCUACUCACUGGGGCCUAAGCCUCGAGAAAACCCGCAAACACCAUAUCCUGCCCCAACGGUCACACUCAUUAGAACAUCGAACACACCUGGAUGUUGAUCUAUAAUACUUAUUCAUUGAGUUUACAUUUCUGUUUAAUUAUAACAAUACACUUCUGUACACUCGUGCCCACUACAUAUACAAUAUGAUGACAUUAAAGCUGAAAUAGUAUUUCGCGAUUCGGGAAACUCCGAUAAAGUAGAUCGAAAUUGAGAAACACUUUUAGAACAGAGUACACUGCUCUUAGUUCCGCCAUCUUGCCAGUCCUCAUCGUGACCACAGCAAGAGAAAUAACUCAGUUAUUCCACUGCAAAAGCUCGAAAAAGGUUUACUUCAGGACAGGCCAUCCUCACUGUCAGCUGUUAUCAUCAACUAGGGAAAGACACAUGACAGUUUGCUGGUUUCUCACCAAGAGUGGAGACCACGUGGUGCAGACGCUGGUCCUGUACAGGGGAGACCACUGUCAACAAUGUCUGGUCAUCCGUCGUCUGGUCAGGGACAGCCACCUAAAAGACGAGGUGGAGGACAGAGUUGUAGAGGGGGUGGCCGGGUCAAAGUUUACCUACACGCUGUGACUGAUGAACAGGCGACACUACUUACAGUGAACACACGCCCCCUGGAGGAGGUAAAGAAAAAUACAGGCGCUGAUGCAGAGUUUAACCCCAACCCCUCACCUGUACCAGGUAUGAAGAUUCUUAUCAUCCGCGGUCUUCCUUCUCAGAUCGAGGCGGCAGUCAAGCUCAUCAGCCAAAUGACUGGAUCAAUGGAAUCAUUAGCAGACCAAGCCCAGACAUUCUGGCUCCAGUGGGUUGAGACCGCGUUCCCUGACCUCGACUCACGCGCCUACUUCCUGCCUCCUGUCUACGUCAACCGCGUGCCGAUGUCUAGACAGUCAGCUGCUGGUCAGGAUGUUCUGGUCCUUGAACGUGCACCUGGACAGUUUAAGCAACUGCCGAAGAGUCCAUCUUCUGCUAUUCACCACUCCAUUCCUCAGCCUCCUUACCUACAGGACAGUGAUGUCAGAGACGAUGCUGCCAUGCAGCGGACUUUUGUAUGUCUUCAGAAAAUGUUUGAAGAGAACUACGAUGUUGUGGUUGGAAUCAAUCAGCUUCAGUUCGGACAGUACCUGGGUGAACCUUGUUACGCUGCCGCCGCUACCCACCUACCCCGACCCUCCAACCUUCCUCCUUCUCUACCACACAACUGGAAACAGGGAGACUUUGAUGUGCUUCUCAUUCAUCGACAGUACGGACUGGUAGUCUGUGAGGUGAACGCAUUUCGUGACAAUAUCCAACCUGUAAACAUGUCACAGCAGGAUGUAGACAAUAAUUUUAAAAAGAAACUGAGUAAGGCCGUGUCACAGCUAGACAAGGCGGAGGCCAUGUUGUCUCACCUGGUGUCCGACAUCGCUCCCGGUCUGCCCGUCACUAAGGUCAUCGCUUUCCCCAACCUCACGACUCGUCAACUUUAACAGGCCAUCUCCGGUGACAACCUCCUCAUUCAGGACCUGUGUCGGUGUCUGGGAGCAACAGACCCCGCCGACAUCCCAGGUCAGUGUCU